GAGAGAGAGAGAGAGAGAGAGAGAGAGAGAGAGAGAGAGAGAGAGAGAGAGAGAGAGAGAGAGAGUUUGUUCAUGGAUAGUAGAAGAAUGAAUGUUGUAAUGGUGCCAUGGCUAGCCUAUGGUCACAUAUCUCCUUUCCUGGAACUUGCCAAAAAUCUCGUAGACAAAAACUUCUACAUGUAUAUUUGUUCCACCACAAUCAACCUGAAUUCCAUCAAGCAAAAGCUAGUAAAUGAAAAGCACCUUCGCUCAAUACAACUAGUGGAGCUCCAACUUCCCUCCUCCCCUGACCUCCCACCCAACCACCACACCACGAAUGGCCUCCCACCCCACCUCAUGACCACCCUCAAAUCAGCCUUCGACAUGGCGGCCCCGUCUUUCUCCCACAUCAUAGAAACCCUAACACCGGACUUAGUCAUCUACGACCACAACUGCCCAUGGGCUCCCGCCACCGCCUCUGACCAUAAUAUUCCCGCGGUCCUGUUCCUCACAGGCGGAGCCUUGAUGAUCUCUUUCGCUCUUAACUUGUUGAAGAAUCGAAACAGAGAGUACCCAUUCCCAGAAAUCCAUCUGAGGAAUAUUCGGAGACUGAUGAUUCGCGGUGCCCCUGAAUCUUCUCAGGAAGAACGUGAGAAGGAAGUGCGUCGUAUCUUGGAAUCUCUGAAACGGUCUUCUGAUAUUAUUCUUGUCAAGAGUUUUAGAGAGAUUGAAGGGAAGUACAUCGAUUUCUUUUCUACUUUAGCCGAAAAGAAGAUAGUCCCAGUUGGUCCUCUUAUCGAAGAACAAGUGGGACCAUUGGAUGAUCGAAAUACUGAGAUCGCCCAAUGGCUUGACAAGAAAGACGAGUCGUCAUCGGUUUUUGUUUCAUUUGGAAGUGAGUGUUUUCUUACCAAGGAGGAGAUUUUAGAGGUGGCCCAUGGGCUUGAGCUUAGCAAAGUCAACUUCAUAUGGGUCUUGAGGUUUUCAACGGGCGAGAAAGUUAGGGUUGAUGAAGUACUGCCCAAGGGGUUUCUUGAGAAUGUUGGAGAGAAGGGGAUGGUGGUGGAGGGAUGGGCCCCACAGGCCCAAAUUCUGGCCCAUCCAAGCAUCGGCGGAUUUGUGAGCCACUGCGGGUGGAGCUCUGUAAUGGAGAGCAUGAAUUUUGGUGUUCCAAUAAUAGCCUUGCCCAUGCACUUGGAUCAGCCAUUGAAUGCAAGGAUAGUUGAGCAGGUUGGAGUGGGCAUAGAGGUCAAAGGAGGUGAGAAUGGUGAACUCACGGGAGAUGAAAUAGGUCAAGUGAUACGGAGGGUUGUAGUGGAGAAAGAUGGGGAGGAAGUGAGGAAUAAAGCAAGAAAUCUCAAGGAUAUGUUGAGAUCAAAGGGUGAUGAGGAGAUUGGUGGGGUAGUGGAGGAGUUAUUGCAGCUUUCUAGGAAGGGGUAAUAUUGGCAAUAGGAAUGUUCCCACAUCUGAAGUCAGGUUUCUUCCAUUUCUUGAGCUCGAUCUUAUUUUGAUCACAAUCCAAUGAUUUGAAAAGUGUAACAAUUGUUUUGCAAUGCAGAUUCCAUAAUUUAGAAAAUCAUUGAAAUUCAAACACCCUUGAUUAAAUGCUUUAUAUUUUAAGCAAUUGUAGUUCAGUUUCGUUGGAGCCGAAAAAUAAAGUGGUUGAGGUGAAAGAAAAA